AUGCAGGCUCGCUACUCCGUGUCCAGUCCCAACUCCCUGGGAGUGGUGCCGUACCUCGGCGGAGAGCAGAGCUACUACCGCGCCGCCGCGGCGGCGGCCGGCGGGGGCUACACGGCCAUGCCGGCCCCGAUGAGCAUGUACUCCCACCCGGCCCACGAGCAGUACCCGGCCGGCAUGGCCCGCGCCUACGGGCCCUACACGCCGCCGCCGCAGCCCAAGGAUAUGGUGAAGCCGCCCUAUAGCUACAUCGCCCUCAUCACCAUGGCCAUCCAGAACGCGCCCGAUAAGAAGAUCACCUUGAACGGGAUCUACCAGUUCAUCAUGGAGCGGUUCCCUUUCUACCGGGACAACAAGCAGGGCUGGCAGAACAGCAUCCGCCACAACCUCUCCCUCAACGAGUGCUUCGUCAAGGUGCCCCGCGACGACAAGAAGCCCGGCAAGGGCAGCUACUGGACCCUCGACCCCGACUCCUACAACAUGUUCGAGAACGGCAGCUUCCUCCGCCGCCGCCGCCGCUUCAAGAAGAAGGACGCCGUCAAGGACAAGGAGGAGAAGGACCGCCUGCACCUCAAGGACCAUGCCCCGCCGCGCCCGCCGCCGCCCGCCGCCGCCGAGCCCGAGGGCGGCCCCGCCGGGGGCAGCGCCGCGCCGCCGCCGCCGCCCGUCCGCAUCCAGGACAUCAAGACGGAGAACGGCACGGCCUCGCCGCCGCAGGCCGUGUCCCCCCCGGCCGCGCCGCCGCUCGGCGCCGUGCCCAAGAUCGAGAGCCCCGACAGCAGCAGCAGCCUCUCCAGCGGCGGCAGCCCCCGCAGCACCCUCCCCUCCAGCCGCUCCCUCAGCCGAGGCCCCGAGCCGCCGCCGCCGCCCCCGCCGCCGCCCCCGCCGCCGCCCCACCACCACGGCCCGGGCUUCAGCGUGGACAACAUCAUGACCUCGCUGCGGGGCUCGCCGCAGGCCGCCGCCGAGCUGGGCGCCGGCCUCCUGGCCCCCGCCGCCGCCGCCCCGCGCACCGGCAUCCCGCCCGCCCUCUCCCUCGGCGGCUACUCGCCGGGCCACAGCUCCGUCUACGGCUCGCCCUGCGGCCAGGCGGCCGCCGGCGCCGCCGGCGGCACCUACCACUGCAACAUGCAGGCCAUGAGCCUCUACGCGGCGGCGGGCGGCGCCGACCGACCCGGCCACCUGCCCGCCGCCGCCGCCAGCCCCGCCGAGGACCCGCUGCCCGACUACGCCAUGCCCACGGGCGGCGGCGGCGGCGGCGGCGGCGGGGCGGGGGGCGGCGGCGGCGGCGGAGCGCUGGGGCACGGCGGGCUGGGCGGCGCGGCGGGCGGCCACCAGGAGGGGCACCAUCCGCACCCGCACCCGCACCAGGGCCGCCUGGCCUCCUGGUACCUCAACCAGGCGGCGGCGGCGGCGGCGGCAGCGGCGGCAGCGGCGGGGGAGCUGGGCCCGCUGGCGGGCGCGGCGGGCUACGCGGGGCCGCAGCAGGGCUUCGCCGCCGCCCCGCGGGAGGUCUUCGAGGCGCCGCGGCUGGGCCUCAGCGCCUCGCCGGCGGGGGGCGGCGGCAGCUGUCAGAUGGCCUUCCCCGGCAGCCAGCCGCUCUACCGCACCUCCGGGGCCUUCGUCUACGACUGCGGCAAGUUCUGA